AUGGAACUAUUUGGUUACUCCAUUUUUAGAAGAGUUGGCCCAUCCUACAUUGUUGGUCUUUUUUGCGCAGCAACUAGCAAUGCCGUUGUCCAUAUGACAUCGAAUCGUGAUCUGAGAACGCUACUCAAGGGUUUCAUCAUCACCAAAGCAGCUACGCAAUUUGCUGUUAUCACCUGUGAUGGUCUCAUACUGCUCAUGUUUCUCAAGUCGAAGCAACUAUACCGAAGCACAGCGCACCGGCUGAUGUUGUUGAUGGCUAUUACCGACAUUUUACACGCUCUCACUACUCUACCUUAUACAAUCUACAUGACCAUCUUUUGUGUCACUUUUCCUAUAAACCUCAAUCCUUACUUUAUGAUGGUUUCUAGCAUUCCUUUAACCAUUCAGUUGAAAAUCAAGCUGACUUUGACGGCAGCAGUAGCAUUACAAAGAGCGCUGGCUUUAUAUAGUCCUAUCUACUAUCGUAAUGUUUCUUCAGCAUGGUACGCCAUUACUUCGUUGUUAUUAGGAAUUUUAUUGGCCUGCACAGAUCUACUGUUAGAAUUUGCCCUCUCACCUUUCAAAGAAAGCCCUAACUGUGGAUCAGUUGGCUGCUUUGUUAGCGAACAGUUCCUUUAUUACUGGGGCACUAGCAACAUGGCAAGUUCUAUCGUGUGA